CGCAGCGCCGGAAGUUGCCUUUUGCCGUUUUAGUCUGGUCUCGCUUGUCGCAGUGUGUUAGUAACGCGGGGGCUCAGAGACCAUGGCGGACGUACUGGAUGUUCACGUUGCCGGCGGGGAGGACUUCGCCAUGGACGAGGAUGGCGAUGAGAGUAUUCACAAAUUAAAGGAGAAAGCCAAGAAAAGAAAAGGGAGAGGAUUUGGUGCUGAGGAAGGUUCAAGGGCCAGAAUCAGAGAGGACUAUGACAGUGUUGAACAGGAUGGAGAUGAACCUGGCCCACAAAGAUCUGUAGAAGGCUGGAUCCUGUUUGUGACUGGUGUCCACGAAGAAGCCACAGAGGAAGACAUUCAUGAUAAAUUUGGAGAGUUUGGAGAGAUCAAGAAUGUGCAUCUGAAUCUGGACCGAAGGACUGGCUACCUUAAGGGAUACGCACUGGUAGAAUAUGAAACCUAUAAAGAGGCCCUGGCUGCCAUGGAAGGUUUAAAUGGGCAGGAUCUCAUGGGGCAACCCGUCAGUGUGGAUUGGGGCUUUGUUAGAGGACCUCCUAAAGGCAAGAGGCGAAGUGGACGCAGAAGGAGCCGGAGCCCAGACAGAAGGCGACGUUAGUCCUAUCUGCCUUUAGUUUGUUUUGGGCAUAUGGUUUUAUAAAUUUUGUGUUUUCAGAAGUGGACGCAGAAUAUGCCGGAGCCCAGACAGAGGACAACGUUAGUUCUAUCGGCCUUUAGUUUGCUUUGGACAUAUGGUUUGUUUCUGAAGAUGGGAAGAAAAUUAUAAUGGACAUGUUCUGUUCUUCUCAGCGUUUGUUGGGUUGUGUAUUUUUCUUAAAGGAAUUUUAAAUUUUGGGGCAUAAAUGUUCUAUUGCAGCUUAAACGCUUGGAGUAAAUAAAAGGAAAAAAAGUUGUUAUAGUUAUGGUCCACAAAUUUUGGAAUAAAGUCUUUUUAUGUUAUCUGCUA